CUUUACGUCGUUUUUUUACAGCUUGUUCAGUUUUGUUCUCAGUCUUUUCUUCUAGCCUUUUUCUAUUACUUCCUAUUUAUUCCAGCAUUCUCAUUCACUUCGGUUUUUUUUUUGUUGCAUGUCUUCUCACCUUAGCAUUCGCCAUUGAAUUACAUUGUCCUCUCACUAAUGGAGCAUGCCACAGAACCUUCUCCGCUGCCUGCAAAGCUGCGCUGGCGUCCUUAUGCCGACAGAAACAGCCUUAAAUCUAAAAAGAGUAAAAAAGCAAGUGAACAGAAGCCGCAGCAAGAUCAGCAACAGCAGCAAGAAAAGCGAAAAGCACAUUCUGCUCAGGAUGUAGAUGUCAAGGCACUGGCACACAAGGUCCGAGAAACCAAACAGCGAGCGCCGGUUGCAGUGCAGCUGCAAUGGGAAGAAGCUGAGACCAUCGAAUCCAUGAGCCAUGGUGGGCAUCCUCAUACUCGCCAACAUCAUCACAACCACAGACGCCCCAUUCCAUCAGACACAGUAUCGACUGUCAGCACUCCGUCCUCGUCAGACUGUAAUAUGUCAUCCUUGCCAUCACCACCAUUGUCCAGCUCACCGAUCUUCACUACACUGGCACUACUUGAGUCGACAGGUGAAGGCACUGGUCUGGGUAAGAUCAAGGCGACGGUCCCAGGAUUGACAGGCGAUGGGCUCUCCCUUCCAACGAUUGAAUCCAAUAAUGUCUAUCAAGUGGCUUUGAAUGCUUUACUGGAGAACCAUCGUAAGAAUCAGAUCCUAGAUGCAAAGCAGGCGCCUUUACUUGCUCUGACAAGUGUUCCUGCGCCUAUUUCUAUAACCAGCCCUCCACUGAUGCUUACAGACUUGGUACCUAGUCACUCCGUCUUUCCUAUUAGAGGCGACAGGCUCACCUCAUCUGGCUUACUUGGCAUUGCCAGCAUUGACGACCUUCUUGCAUCCUGUGGAUAUAAGGAUAACGGGAAGGACAAUCGCAGUAGUAGGACACAGACUGCAGCAAACGCAUUUGCAUCGCCUGCCACAACAGACAAGUCUUCGCUACAAUCAUCACCUCUCCACGGCAUGGCGGAUGAUCUAAUUCACCAGCGUUUUUCCUCACCUUCUCUUUUGGAUAUUUCAUUUGACAUGCUGGUAGCACAUACAUCAGAGUUGCUGACAGAAACAGACAGCAAACAGCUUUUGCUCCAACAGCAUGAAGCCCAACGCCAAGAAACGCACGAUCGAAUGGAGCAUUUAAGCGUUUCACCAGCUCUAUCCUCUGCUAGCACCAUCACUAAUUCGUUUACAGACAUGAUCCACGAUCUUGCUUCCCCUUUCCUACGCCAUGCUUCGCAUAAUGACCCACUCAUCAAUGGAAAUGAUGAUUCGACAUCGUGGCCCUCUCUCUUCCCCAAUAGCGCUGAGGAUGGGUCAAGUCAUGGUUCUUUUGACAAUCCAAACCUCGCUAAAAUAUCGACACAAAUAUGCCAGCCUUUCGACACCAAGGUUUCAUCAGCGCAGCAAGUGUCAGGUCCAUCGAUCACCCCUUCACCUUUUUUGGAAAACAUCUCUGCUGAUAGUUCUCCCACGCUUAUGGCCCAGCUUGAUCUUUCGCAAGAAGAAUUAGAUCCAGAAUGGCUUUCUUUCCUUGAUGACUCAUCACCGAUAUUGGGUGAUAUGGAUAGUGAGCUUUCUAAAGGGUUGUCAUCUGAGAAUGAGAACACUCCAUUGUCUCCCAUGAAAGCUCAAUCUCAAACGCCAGUGAGUCCGAAAUCAUCAUCAAGUUUAGAAGCAGUUGGAAAUUGGGCCAACAACUUCCUCAAAUCUAAUGCAAUGGCUCCAACAGGGCAUCGCGGGUAUCCCUCGGCUGGUACGAUGGGAUCCUUAGGUAGUGCCGGUGGGUUGGUACGAGCCUUCCAGGGCAGCAGUAGUUUUCAACAAAGGUCGAAUUUCCACACAAAGGCUUCGUCUCGGACAGCAAUGGCUACGCCUACGGCUUCAACUGUUUCAUCCAAGGCUCUGCCAGAGAAUAAAUCUCGAGUGACAUCCACACCAAAGCAUUCUGAGAGUACAAAGAACCAACAGUCAUCUCGGUCGGCUGUCGCACAGACCACAAACAAUAGCAAAACCGAAGUAAAAACCCAGCCCAGCGCGAUCGAUAUAAAAAAUGACAAGGAGGCUGAAGGACUCAGUGGUCUCAUUGGAUUGUUUCGAGGUCUUUGGAAAGGAAAAGAUUAAUAGAUGUAGAUGUGUAGUCCUUGUCAUCUUGAAAAUGGCAGAAUGUAAUUUUAAUAUCUUGUUUUGUAUUUUUAACCUAUUGCUUUUGAGUAAUGAGUGGUUUGUGAGGAUUAUAAAUGUCAUCAUCAGGG